AUGAUAGGAAAGUUCAUAACAAGUGAAUGUUAUGAUGGAUUAGAUUUUGAAUCUCUUGAUAUAAUUGGAUUCCAGUACAACACAUUAUUGAAUUUUCAAAUUAAACAAGUUCUAAAAAAUAAUUCAUACACCGAUGUUGGAUAUUCAUUUCCAGUUGAAAAUAAAUCUGCUAUUUCAAAUAUUCUUUUUGUUAUUGGCGAUAAAGAAAUUAGACCUCAACUUAGAAUCUCAGAGGAAGCAUCAAAAGAAUAUCAAGAGUCAAAAGAAAAAGGAUAUUUGUCAGUGCUUGGGUAUAGUUUAUCAGAAAAUGCUAUCAUUUUCAAUUUCGGAAACUUGCCCAUUGAUACAAAAAUUGAAGUCCAUUACACUAUCUCAUAUUUGGCAACAAUCAAUAAUCAAGGAUUUUUCUUCAGAUUCCCUAUUGCUUCAAAAGAUCAGUAUGGUUAUGAUUCUUCAUUACCAAACACAAUUUCAUUUAGUCUCAAGAUCAAAACAGAUAAAAAUAUAAGAAAAAUAGAAGCAAACAAUUCAGCAAUUAUCAAUGAGAUAGAUAAGCAUAAUGCAUCUAUCAAUCUUAACGAAUUUGAAUCAUCUAUUUUUGUUCAAACUUUGAUAAGCGAUCAAGACAAAUGCACUGCAGUUUCAAGUGAUGAUUAUAUAGCAGUAUCUGUAUAUAAGGAAUUUAUCUCAAAACGAAAUGAUUAUGAAUGCUUGUCAGAUUAUUUCUUUGUUAUCGAUUGCUCCGGGUCAAUGGAAGGUAAACUCAUUGACAAAGCUGUUAAAUGUAUGCGUCUUAUGUUACAAUCUCUUCCUAUGAAGUGCAGAUUUUCAAUUUAUUGUUUUGGAUAUAAUUUCCGACAAUUAUUACCAAUUGUUGAAUAUAACAAUGAAAAUGUUUUGCUUGCUAUGAAUCUUAUUAAAAAUAUUAAAGCAAACAUGGGCGGAACAAACAUAUAUAAUCCAUUGAAAGACAUUUUCUCACAAGAUGGAAUGUUAAAGAAAAUUUUCCUCUUGACAGAUGGUGAAGUUGACAAUUCUGAAGAAAUUAUUAAUUUAGUUGAAAAAAACAAAGCAUUUGGAAACAUUUACACUGUUGGGAUUGGAUCUGGUGCAGACCCUGGUCUAAUUAGAAAUCUCGCAGAGGUAACAAAUGGAAAAUGGACUUAUGUUUUAGAUAAUGAAAAUUUCAAUGUGAAAUUAAUUUCAUUACUAUCUUCAUCUAUUGAUGGUAACUCUGUAGGUAUUACUAUACAUACCAAAGAAACAAUCGCUGAGACAAUCCCAUCAAAGCCAUAUCCUUUAAGGUCGAAUAUAUCUCAAGACUAUUUCGUUAAAGCUCCUUUCUGCGAACAUGUAUUGAUAAGUUCAGAAGAAUUUGAUUUGCUAAUUCCAGUGAUGAAGAUAGAAGAUAAUUUUGGAAUGAAAUGCCUAUUUACAAAGAUGAUUAUUCAUGAGUAUGAAGCAUACUUGAGAACUCAUAAUGAUGAAGCAAUGAAAAAAAAAUGCAUUGAUCUAUCUAUAUCAUCUAAAAUUCCUUGCAAAUAUACACAUUACAUUGGUUCUAUUCCAGAAAAUGUGCUUCAAAUAGUUAGUGAAUUCUGGAAGGAUCAAGAAAGAUUUGAUUAUUGUGUAGAACCAUCUAAGGAAGAAUAUGAAAUGAUGCAAGACAAAUUCAUGAAUGAGCAUAUGGCUCAAAGCCAAGAACCAAACAACGAACAAAAGAACAUUGAAAUUGUUGAUGAUCGUAACGAAAUUGAAAAACAAAACAUCGAUGGAUCAUGGGAUAAGUUUGAUACAAUAGAUUCUGACAUUAAAGAUAAAUAUGGUGAAAAAGUUGCUGCAACAGUUGCAGCAAUCCUUUAUAUUUUGAGAAAACCCAAAAAGCAAGUUGAUGAACUAUCAUUAGUUCUCAAGAAAGCUUAUUCCUUCUUACAUAUACAGGUAAAGGAGAUUAAUUGGGAAGAAAUUAUUAAGAAUAAGUUGAAAAUCAAUUAUAAGGAGUAA